GAUAGGGAGGAAGAGACAGAGAGACUGACUGAGAGAAGAAAGACAGACUCACAAAGAAAAAGAGACAGAGUCAUUUUGUACAUUAGAGAGUGACUGAUAGGGAAACAAAGUGCAGACAGGGCUCAGGAGGAGGAGAUAGAGAGAAAGAAAAAGAGAGGAGGAGGAGGAGAGAAAGAAAGAGAGAGGGAGAGGGCAGUCUGCCAGUCAGCAGUAGCCUCAGCUCAACUCUCUGCCCUACCUGCGCUCUCACUCUCAGCCAUGCUGGACUGCACACUGUGAGCCACAGAGAGAGUGGAAGCUUCCCCCGCGACGACUUGACUUGCCCGCCGGACAACUCCUCGGACACACGCUCUCUCUCACGCACGCUCACUCACACUCCCGGGUCAGCAUGGAGGAGGCCGACCUGUUGAAGGAGCGACUGCAGGCCAUAACGGACAAAAGACGAGUUCAGGAGGACAUUGCGAAGAAAAGGAGACAAAUCGAAGAAGAGAAACUCAAACUUCAAUAUCUGAAGAAAAAAGCCCUGCGUGAACAAUGGUUGAUGGAUGGGCUGAGCGGUCAAACGGAGGAGGAGCAAGAGGCCUUGAAGACUCAAGCUCAGGAUGACCAGCAACAAACCAAACUGCUGCAAAGCAAUAUCAGCAGAAUAGAGGAAGAGAUCGAGACCCUGGAAGCUGAGGAGAUAAGGAUCUCUUCAAAUGAACAGCACAUUCUGAAACGGCUCAAGGAGGUGGAGAAGACUGCUGAGGACAUCAUAAAGGGAGCUACGACUGAGUUGACAGAGGUGGAUGGAAAAGAACUGAGUGAAGGUAGCAGUCCCUCUCAGAAUCAAGCCGAGUCUCUUUCCAAGGCUGUAACCAUGGAGACCAGUGAACAACUGGAAUCAGGAAACGUAGCCGACUUUGAACAGGAACCUCAAGAGACUGAGUUACCCGAGAAUGAAAGCUCAAGCAACAAUGAUGAACAAGACUGCUAUGAAGAAUUCUUGGAGACAAUGGGAAGUAAGGUGGUGGUGGAUAUUUUAGCUGACCUGCCUCCUAGCAUGACGUCAGAAUUGGAUGACAUCCCUUGCCCAAAGGAGGCUCUGAUCUUAGAGGCUACACCUGAAGAGCUAAACCACCAUGAGUCUGUCACCUCUUUGUCAAAACCACCAUCAAGCGGAGAGAGUGUGUGUGAAAAUGAGUCUGCCCCCAAAACACAAGAACCACUAGUGGAAGACCAGUCAGAAGAUGCCUUGCCAGAUUUGUUUGACACAGAGGAACCUGAAGACCCAGAAGAUGCCAUGAAGGCCUUAAACCUCAUGCCAACAGAUGAUGCAGUUGACAAUUUUACCUCUGAUGAGGUGGAGGAGUCAAUGCUAGAACAGUUCAUCCGAGAAGAGGCCUUAUCAGAGGUAUCUACAGAGUCCUGUCACGACCCAGAAGAAUUAGAUGAGUGUCUGCAUGUGGAGAUAGCUGUUGCAUCUUCAGAUAGUGAGGGUGACGAUAAGUGGAGGACCAUAUUUUCUUCCUCCAUCAACAAAGAGGAUGAUGACUCGUAUUUAGACAGUCUGCAGUUGAGUGCACAGGAGCUCUUUGUCCAAAAGCCUUCAAUUGACAACGAGGAAGAUGACCCAAAGGAUGUUAACCAGAAAAGUGAGUCUGAGAUUCCACUCGGGGAUGAAAUUCUAGAGCAGCCUGAGACUGACUCAGAUUUUGAGAAGAGGGAGGUGACCUAUACAACUCCAACGCUGUUCCAUGGGUUGUCAAAAAUCUCUGAGGAUGAUGAAGAAACUGGAAAGGGGUCCAACAACAAACACACUUCUCAACAUUCAGAAGGUGACAAGAAGCUGCCCAAAGACUACUGCGUGAUCCAGGAGAUGAAGAGUGAAAAUGUCAGCACGGAGCACGUGGACUUCCGGGUAGCUCGCAAACAAUGGCUGGAAAUGGAGGAACAGACUAAAAUGGCUAAGACUACGGUCCAGUCACCCACCACCCCUAAACCAGGCCUCUGCCAAGGCAGCCACAGCUUCAUGUACACACCAGUUCGCAACAUUGACAGGCCCAGGAGGGAUCCUGAUUUUGAGAAUCUGGCUCUUGGGGGAGACUAUCCACACACUCAGUUCAGCCCCUGUUCUGAGGACUCUGGCCUGGAUGACUUGAGCUACAGAUCCCCUUAUGACGACCCAGAGACCCCUGUUGAGAGAGAGAUCCGCUUAACCAUGGAAAGAGAGGAGAACUUCAGACGCGAAAGAGCCCUGUCCUCAUCCAGCUCAUGCGAGUUUGUGCAAGCUAAAGCCAGACCAGUCGUCAUUCACUCCACCAAACUCUGCCAGGAGGUGGAUGAGAAGAGGAGGAUGUUUGAGCAUCAGGACGAUGGCUGCAACAUUCCAAGAUCACCUAGCAACCCAACACCAUCUUUUAUAAUCACUUCAUCGCCAGUCAAAGGUGCACAGAAACGAGAGUUUGCUGCUAACAAUGUCAUCAUCCUGGAGCCUGAUCCUUAUCCCUGCAGCCCAAAGCGUUAUGGGAAAGACAUGGGGGCUGCCCACCCAGGAAACUGGAACUCCAAUGAGUCCUCCAAUGUGAUCAUCCUAGAGACGUCCAACCUGAUCAUCCGCAGUGCGUCCGAGUUCUGCCUCAACUCAGCUGCUGAGGAGAACCAGGACAGCAUGUUCCUGAACAACCCCUUCUUCAAGCUGCGCUCCAGAAGCACACAGUCCCUCAUCGAUGAGGAGAUUAAGAUGGUCAAGCAGCGUGAGGAGGAACUGAGGAGACAGCGGGCGAGCAUGUACACUAAGGAAAAAUUCAACACAAUUGUGGUCUCCCCAAAUCUUCUAAACAGUGCAUUUGAUACGUCAGAGGAGAUGCCUAUAAAAUGCAAGUCCUCCCCAUCUUCUCCCAUGAAAACAUACAAGAUGGAUCGCUCCAUAGUGUCCUGUGACAACAGGUUUCCAGAAAUGUACUUGGGUGGUCGCCGUAAAAGUGCCAUGGCUCUCCGCUGGGAAGCCGGAGAGUUUGCUAACAACCAAUAAAAGCGGAACGCCUGAUCAACAAAAUGGAUAUCGACUGACAACCCCUUGCUCUGUCUUACGUAACAGACUUUUUUUUUUGCAGUGCUACAUGAGAAAAUUAAUCACAUUUGUUUCAUGUGACAUAACACUGGCUGCUGUCAGCUGCUUAUGUGAAUUUUUCAAUGCUCUGUUUGUGUCCAGCAGAGGCUAAGAGGGAAGUGUAUGUAUGUACGCCAAGAUGCCUGAAUGUUAUCUGAAUGUAAUGUUUUAGUCAACAACUGCUUAUACACUAUUUUCCAAUUCAGAAAAGCAGACUGCUUAUUUUUAUUGUACUGUCUUAGUAGAAAAAAGAGCUAUAUGUACUGUAUUUUCCUACUGUAUUUUCAUCAGAGACCAGAUUUGUAAUUUUCCAAGCACAAAGAUAUGAAGCCAAUGCAGUAUUAUUAGCAACAUAAUUUGGAAUCUUAUGCACACAAUCUUACAUGAAUCUCCUAUUGAGUGUUACUCAUGUGUUUUUAACAAGGGGCAAUGACUUUGACUUGAGUGUUUAUUUCAAGCAUAAAAUGAAAAAAAGUAAUGAUGCAGCUGUAAGUAUAUAAUUCUCUCGGUACACAUUUGAGCCAAAUGUAAGAAGUCAAAAAAGUCAAAAACCAAAUUAAAAAAAAAAAACAAUUAAGAGCAGCUAAUGGAAACUCUAUUGACCAUAACUUUUAAUUUAUUGUCUAAAAUAUAUACAUAUAUGUUUGUAUGCUUUUAUGUGAAGCCAUUAUGCUUACAACAUUAUCUGUUCUGCUUGCUAAUCUUUGAAUUUGUGUGAGCAAAUCACUUGUUGCAAAAAAUUUGAAUUGCCUUCAAUAUGACAAAAAAAAAAAAAAUGUUUGUAUUUUCAAUGCAAGUGUUCCGAAAACAAUAGUGCAACAAUAAAUAUGUAUGGGCAAAAUGCAACGAUGAAAUUCCUUCCUUUCUGAUGUCAUAUUAGCCCAUAUAAACACUAAAGGACAAACAUUUCUUCAUCUUAACAGUAGCAAUGCAUUUAAGAGCAAACAAGCUGUCAGAGUAGCUGACAAGAGUAGAUAUAAAAUCAUGUUAAAAAGUAUAAUGUAUAGCUGAGGUGAAAGUUUCAUGUUUAUUAAUUUAAGUAUUUUAAGACCUCAAUGAUAUAUCUAAAUAUUAAAAAAUGUGCCAUUUAAACCCUAUAUUAUACAACUGUAUAAUUAAUGAACACCUAAAACCUGGGAACAAAUUCCAAAUAAGAAAACAUUGCUGAAUGUGAUAACCUUUGUUAAAA